UCUAUCAGACACAGAUUAUGGGGUACUAUGUAGCAUUGACGUUUCUCUUCUGCUAUGCAGUCUGUAUCGGCAGUGUUAGAGCUAAAGGCUUAACAGCAAUGCCCGGUAUUAUGUCUGGUUCGGCAGGAGGAGGUUCUUCUGGCGGUGGAUUUAUGACCAGUGGAAUGACUGGCGGUGGUGGAAUGAUGUCAGGUGGAGGUGGAAUGACUGGCGGUGGAAUGAUGACGGGUGGCGGUGGAAUGAUGACCGGCGGUGGUGGAAUGAUGACCGGCGGUGGUGGAAUGAUGGGAGGCGGAGCUGGGAGGGGUAUGGGAGGCGGAGCGGGUAUGGGCGGUGGCGCCGGGAUGGGUAUGGGGGGCGGGGCUGGUAUGGGCGUGGGGGGCGGGGCUGGUAUGGGCGUGGGAGGCGGAGUCGGUAUGGGCGGUGGGGCCGGUAUGGGGAUGGGGGGCGGAGCUGGUAGGGGAAUGGGAGGCGGAGCUGGAAUGGGAAUGGGAGGCGGAGCUGUUAGGGGCAUGGGAGGCGGAGGUGGUAGGGGAAUGGGAGGCUGA